CAUGAGACUCCGCACACAGGAUCACAGCGAGCAGAGAGGACCGGCCCGAGCUCUGGCCACACCGCGACUAUUACAAUCCUCCCUUUGAAUAGCACACUUGAGUAUACCACAGCACCGCAGCCAUGAUGAACGGACAGAUGAACGGCUACCACAACGCGCUCAUCGACGAGGACUGCUUUUUAUUCACCUCCGAGUCCGUGGGAGAAGGGCACCCCGACAAGAUCUGUGACCAGAUCAGUGACGCUGUUCUGGAUGCUCACCUGAAGCAGGACCCUGAUGCCAAAGUAGCCUGCGAGACUGUUGCCAAGACCGGGAUGAUCCUUCUGGCUGGAGAGGUGACUUCCCGCGCUGUGGUGGACUACCAGAAAAUAGUCCGUGACACCAUUCGCCAAAUCGGAUACGAUGACUCUUCCAAAGGUUUUGACUAUAAGACCUGCAAUGUUUUGGUGGCCUUGGAGCAGCAGUCGCCUGAUAUCGCUCAGGGAGUCCAUAUUGACCGCAACGAGGAAGACAUUGGAGCAGGGGACCAGGGCUUGAUGUUUGGCUACGCCACUGACGAGACCGAGGAGUGCAUGCCUCUCACCAUUGUGCUUGCACACAAACUCAACUCCAAAAUGGCCGAGCUGCGACGCAACGGGACUCUGCCCUGGCUCCGACCGGACUCCAAGACCCAGGUGACCGUACAGUACCGGCAGGACCGGGGGGCCAUGCUGCCUGUGCGUGUCCACACCAUUGUGAUCUCUGUCCAACAUGAUGAGGAUAUCUGCCUGGAGGAGAUGAGGGAUGCCCUAAAGGAGAAGGUGAUCAAAGCUGUGGUCCCCUGCAUCUACCUGGAUGAUGACACCAUCUACCAUCUGCAGCCCAGUGGGCGUUUCGUCAUCGGGGGCCCUCAGGGUGACGCAGGACUGACUGGCCGAAAGAUCAUUGUGGACACUUAUGGAGGCUGGGGCGCUCAUGGGGGCGGGGCCUUCUCUGGUAAGGACUACACAAAAGUGGACCGCUCAGCCGCGUAUGCUGCCCGCUGGGUGGCCAAGUCUCUGGUGAAGGCAAACCUCUGCCGGAGAGUCCUGGUCCAGGUGUCCUAUGCCAUUGGAGUGGCCCAUCCUUUGUCCAUUUCAAUCUUCCACUACGGGACGUCCAACAAGAGUGAGCGUGAGCUGCUGGACAUUGUGAAGAGGAACUUUGAUCUGCGCCCAGGAGUCAUUGUCAGGGAGCUGGAUCUGAAGAUGCCCAUGUAUCAGGGGACUGCAGCCUACGGCCACUUUGGCCGAGAUUGUUUCCCAUGGGAGGUGCCCAAAAAGCUCAAAUACUAAACGUGUUAAGCUUUUCCCCCCAGGCUUGUUGGUGUAUACUACAGAGAAGCCUCAAGUCUCCCGGGGAGAAAUGCCUUUGCAUCAUGCCCUCACUGAUUCCCUCCUCACUCCUCACUGUCCUGUUACUGAUGGCACAUCUGUGGGUCCCACAUGUUCAGUCUUGUAGCUAAAGCUUUCAGGUCCCUUGGCAUUCCUCUGUACUCAGUGGUAAUCAAUGGUUAGUCUUUUGUCCUGUGGUGGUGGACAUGUCUCAAGCCUUCUAAGGUCAUGGUGCUACUGGUGCUGGUGUGGCAGUGUCAGGCGGUCCUCUCAAACAUUCCUCUGCUGUUAGACCCAGUGUUCCUGUCUUUUUGCUUUAUUCCCUCUUUGUCUUUGUGGAGGAUGCUAGAAUGGCACAAUUAAAAUUCGAGUUGUUGCUGUUUUCACUCAAAUGCUAUGCAUUGCAGGCUACAGGAAAAGCCAAGUCCUACAAGCUCUGAACGAGCAGCUCCUCAGACUCCCCACGCACAGACCGGAGCAGUUUUCUGACGUAAUACAGAAAAGUCAGAAGCUGCUGUCUGCUCUGGUCUGCACUGGGACUGGUGAUACUUGAAUUCAAGACAAAUUGGAUCAUUAUGCAUUGAAAUGAAAUUUUUAGAUGCGUCCUUUUUUGCACAUGAAAUGUUGGCAUGUCCCUGGCUCCAUGCGCUGUUGGCAGGUGUAGCUACAGAGAAACCUGCUGCUCAGCUCUGGAGCUGGGGUGUCUUUGCCUUGCCCUCUAUGGGCUCGUCCUCAAACCUCCACUAUUUAUUUGUUCUCUGAAGGGCGGCGUGAUACAGAGAAGCCGUUUCAGAAGGCAGCUUUCCACUGGUAUGGACUCGUGACUUUUUAGAGUGUGACGUGAGGCUCCAGAGUGUGCUACAGAAAAGCUUCGGUUCGCCUCAUGACACAAGUGUCAACUUUAAUUUUUUUACCUGCACAUUCUAUUUAUGAGGUUCUUGGUGUUUGAAAUCCCAUUGAAAAUGUUGGUGCAAUGUGUAUAAUUGGCUCUUGGCUGGACACUGGGGAUGGAGACAUGUGGCUGGUGUUGUACAGAGAAACCAGCCUUGUUUACAGACCAUCCCUCAGUGGUCCAGUGCUCUCCCACCGCUGGCUCACGUAAGCUUGAGUGCCUUUUCUAUUCCUCUGCUUUUGCUUUCCUCCGCCCCCUCCUCCCCCUCUCAGAACACCCGCACUGUAGUGUCCAUGUGUACGAUGCUCUGUAAGAAUAAACAACCACUCAUCCAA